UCUUAGCCACAGCCAACAAGCUGUCACGUUUGUCUAAUUUAUGUCAAAAAAAAUACAAUAAGUGCUUUUUAAUUGUAAAAGUGAAAACAGUUGCUGAUAUAAAAGUGUUGGUGAAUCUUUCAAUGAUGGAAUUAACCAGGUUAUUGCCUGCCCCAUCCCAAAUAACUUGGGACAGGGACGAUGAGAGAAGAGAAAAUAUACAUGAAAGUGCCUUAGUCAUUGCUCAACCCAUUGCCCCACCGUAUGGACAACGUAGAGGUUGGAUACCUAGAAGACUCACUGAUUUUGGGGAGGGAGGGGCAUUUCCAGAGAUCCAUGUUGCUCAGUAUCCUUUAGAAAUGGGCCAGAAAGGAAAGGAAUCCAUAUCAAAUGCUUUAGCAGUUCAACUUGAUGCUGAAGGCAAAGUUAAAUAUGAUAUGAUUGCUAGACAGGGCCAUUCAAAAGACAAAAUUGUUUACUCAAAGUUAAGUGACCUUUUGCCUGCUGAAGUAGUUGCCGAGAAUGAUCCAAGCCUCUGUAAACCACCACAAGAAGAACUAGAUGAAAUUACAGAAAAAACAAGACAAGCACUUAUGAAAAUAACAAAUUCCAAAAUUACUGCUGCAAUGCCUGUUAGAUGUGCUGAAAAACAGGGCCCAGCACAAUUUAUACGUUAUACUCCUUCUCAACAAGGGGCUGCAUUUAAUUCUGGGGCCAAGCAGAGAGUAAUCCGUUUGGUAGAAGCUCAAGUUGAUCCAAUGGAACCACCUAAAUUUAAAAUAAACAAGAAAAUUCCAAGGGGACCACCCUCUCCACCUGCACCUGUCCUGCACAGUCCCACAAGAAGAGUUACAGUUAAAGAACAAAAAGAGUGGAAAAUUCCUCCCUGUAUUUCAAACUGGAAAAAUGCCAAAGGUUACACCGUUCCUUUAGACAAAAGAUUGGCGGCCGAUGGACGAGGUUUGCAGCAGCUUCAUAUAAAUGAGAAUUUCGCCAAGUUAGCUGAGGCUUUGUAUAUAGCCGACCGAAAAGCCAGAGAGGCUGUCGAAACUAGAGCCCAAUUGGAACGUAAAUUGGCCCAGAAAGAGAAAGAACAGAAAGAAGAGCAUUUAAGACAACUGGCACAAAAGGCCCGAGACGAACGUGCAGGUAUCAAGACGUUACAUGUCCCUGGGGAUUCUCAUGUUAAUCCAGAGGAGCAAGAACGUGAAAUGUUGAGGCAGGACAGACAUAAGGAACGAGCUAGAGAAAGAAAUCUUGCCAGAGCUGCACCUGAUAAAAGAACUAAACUUCAAAAAGAGAGGGAGCGUGACAUAUCGGAGCAAAUUGCAUUGGGAAUGCCAGCUAGAAGUGCAGUCUCUGGAGAAACCCAGUUUGAUCAGCGUCUCUUUGGACAAGGCCAAGGCUUGGGCCAGGGAUAUGGUGAUGACGAGGCCUAUAACGUUUAUGAUAAACCGUGGAGAGAAGGGGGAUCCAUGGCUAAUCAUCUGUAUAGGCCAAAGAAGAACGUGGACAAAGACAUUUAUGGAGCCGAAGACUUGGAAAAACUGGUCAGGACAAACAGAUUUGUGCCUGAUAAGGAAUUUAGCGGUACAGAUCAUUCUGCGGUGCGUUCUGGUCCAGUACAAUAUGAAAAAGAGGACGAUCCUUUCGGUUUGGAUCAGUUCUUGAGUCAAGCUAAGCGAGCGAGCAAACGUAAAGAGCCUGAAAGAAACGAAAGAGACCGUAGAGAUGAUAGGGAUAAGAGAAAGCGCAGAGAUUAAGUCUAGCUUAAUGUGUUAAUCAACUCGUCUUUCAGUUUAAGUUGGUUGAUAGAAAUAAUUACGAAUCACAACAAUAAUCUGAAUUAUUUGCAUGUAUGAGUGGCAAAAAAUUACUCCCAACAGUUAUAGUGUCUGUGUUUAAGCUGUCACAGAUUUAUAAACAAAUAGGUUUAAAAAUGUAUGUAAUAUUCUUUUUGUUAGUACAUAAUUUUUGUUUUGAAUUACAUUUUGGCGUUUUUAUAUAGUGGAGAAUUUGCGUUUGGUAGAAAUAUCUUUUCUUUAACUGAUUAAACAGUUAAUAUUAAUUAUUGCACCGUUAUUAUUAAUUAUUGUGACCUCUUGUAACCU